AACCAGGAGAAUCUUCGCGAGCCCUGCAUGUGUGUUUUGUUUACAGUAAAUACAUGUACGCAUGCGUAAUAGUAUAGACGGCUGAACCCCGUAACACUUUGCGAUUUAAAUAUGUAUGGGUUAUACGAAAUUAUUAAUUUUAAUGAAAAAAUUAGAUUUAUUUCAUGGAGAACUUUGUAAUUUUCUGAAAGUUUGUGCAUUCAUAAGUAGUACAAAAAUACCGAACCCGAUCGGAAAAUUUUUUUCAAGUCGGUUUUUUGAUAAGAUGCGCCGUACUGUCUCUUUAAUGAGAGAAACCAUGAUUUUGAAGGCGGUUUUUUUUUUACAAUGCAUUUAUUAAACAUACACACUAAGGGUUUUUUUUCUAAUAACGAAAACAGAUUUUGCUAAAAACAUGCUGUCAAAACUAUGUCAUAUAAAUCUUUUAAUUAAUUUUUCAUUUUGUCGAGGACGACGAGGCAUGUCAUGGCAUUACGUGCAUCAAAGAUUUGCGGUAUUUUUAUCAACAACAAAGCGUCCAAACGAAAUCCCUACCCAGUAAUUAAGACCCAAGCCUAUCAUCUAUUAUUCAUGCUGUACAUCUGCACUGGUUUCUUUGCAGGAAACAGGCCAACACGAUACUACUACAGAGGAACUGAUAUAUUUUUUAACUUAUAACAACCCAAACUUGCAUGUGUUGUAAAGCACGUUGCGUGGUAAGAUGAACGUCCAGCGAUCUGUGUAAAUGACGGAAUGUGUCGGUAGAUAUCUCAACUGAGAAAGGAUGUAAUUGGAUAAUUUGGUACAACGAAUUCGAAUUCACUCCAGCUUUUACCAUGUUGACAUUAUCAAGAGCGACUUUUAUCCAAGUGAUUACCGACAUUUCCUUUUAUCUAGCAGCAACAGUAAUAGCCUUGUUGUUUGCUCUGAACGAAUUAAAAGGACUGAAGCCAUUCAUCCGGGGGUUUUUCUGCGACGACCAAAAUCUGAUGUAUCCUUACCGAGAAGAUUCGGUCUCGACUUUAAUGGCAAUUGUUGUGUUGAUGGUUCCUACAGUCGUCAUAAUAUUAUUUACAGAGGCAUUGUUGUUAAAGAACUAUUCUCAGAAACUAAAGCCAUUUUUGAGAAAUUCUUACAAUAUGGUUGGCUGUUUGCUGCUGGGUUUUACCUUGUGUAUGUUAUUUAUUGAAAUAGUAAAACUAUAUGUUGGUCGCCUCAGACCUCAUUUUUUGACUGUGUGUCAACCGAAUAUUUCUACCUCCAAUUGCUCAAAGACAUUCAUAACGAGCUAUACCUGUCAAGGAAGUGAUCUAGAUGCCAUUUAUGAUUCAAGAAAAUCUUUUCCGUCUGGCCACAGUGGCGCCGCAUGGAACGUGAUGACAUAUCUAGCGAUGUAUAUACAUUUUCGGAUUCUCACAAACUGGCCAAGACUUCGUGUUUUCUGCCCUAUACUACAAUUAGCAGCCAUAUGUUUGGCUGCUUACGUCAGCAUCAGUCGUCUGCAAGAUUACAAACACCAUACUGGUGACGUCAUAGGUGGUGGUAUUAUUGGGAUAGUUUUUACUUUAUCUGCGAUCUAUCAAAACCCAAAGGCUAGGCGGGGUUUUCUGAGAGGAGGUUAUGAUCAGGCCGACUUUGGUGACACAAUGGACACUGUCAUCUGUACAGAGCUGCAUCAAGCCAACAGUAAACCCAGAACGACUCCGAAUGGCCAGACAUAACAGUACGGGGUCGUCGAAUGACAAGAUAUAGUCGGAAGGUAUCAUCUAAUGACCAGGAAUAUCUGGAUGGGAUCCAGUGGCGAUUCUAGUCCCUGUCGGUGCUAAUUCUUUUCGCUGUGGAUUUCAGGAAGUCGACCCUCAACAAUAAAACUAGAAAACUCUUGUUAUAUUCAGAAAUAUUUUUAAUCGUUGUUUUGUACAUUUUUACGUACAAGUGAAUAAUAUAGAUGUAGAUGUUAAAAGUACUUAUUGUUAUCUUUAUACUUUUUAUACUGCAGAUCUUAUAUUUACCCAGUAUUAUGAAAAUUAAAAUACAAUGAGGACUAAAGACCAUGA